GCUCGCGUCUUCGCCGUUGGUGAUAGUCUGACCGGAGAAAGUAACGAAGAUGGAAGGAGCUGAUGGUGUUGAAUUAUUAAGGAUAUUUAUGGACUAGCAACCGGUUAGCCUUUUACUGAAAUCUUUGGGCCGACGAAGGACAAUAAUAUCGGGAACCUGACGGGUAGCAUGCCAGUAGAAGCAACUCCACUGCAGAUGAGGGAACAUGUUGGCAAUGGACCAAGGAGUGGUGGAGGAAUGGCUGUCCGAAUUUAAGACCCUCCCAGACAGUGCCAUCGCCUCCUAUGCCGCCUCACUUAAAGAGAAAGGCUCUCUGAUACCGGCACUCUACAAGGUCAUACGAGAAAACUACAGCGACCUGCUGGAGCCAGUUUGUCACCAGUUGUUUGAGUUUUACCGGAGCGGCGUGCCACAGCUGCAGCGUUUCACACUGCAGUUCCUGCCAGAGCUCCUGUGGAGCCUCCUGUCUGUCAGCGCUGCCAGAGACCCCCACACAUCCGGCUGCAUCGAGGCACUGCUGCUGGGCAUUUACAACCUGGAAAUAGUUGACAAAGAUGGACAAAGUAAAAUAUUGUCUUUCACCGUCCCUUCCCUCUCCAAACCCUCAGUAUAUCACGAGCCAUCAGCCAUUGGCUCCAUAGCUCUCACAGAAGGAGCUUUAGCCAAUCACGGGCUGAGCAGGGUGGUGUAUAGUGGGCCACACCUCCAGAGAGAGACUUUUACAGCACAAAACAGAUUUGAGGUGCUGACCUUCCUGCUGCUGUGCUACAAUGCGGCUCUCAACUACAUGACCCCCGCCUCCCUGCAGUCCCUCUGUCAGCUCAGCUCCAGGGUGAGUAUAUGUGGCUACCCGCGGCAACAGAUGAGACGGUAUAAAGGCAUCAGCACACGACUCACGGUCACGUCAGAGUUUUUGGUUCAGCUCAUAACAGGGAUCUACUAUGCCUUGUCCAACGGUGAACUUGAGCUGGGAUCCAAAGCGCUGGAUGACGUCCUGUAUCGAGCCCAGCUGGAGUUAUUUCCUGAGGCUCUCUUGGUGGGUAAUGCCAUCAAGUCUUCACUACACAGCGCAGCAUUGAAAAGCAAAGAGGGCGGUCGGAGUAUCCAAGUGGAGAUUACGCCCACCGCCUCCAGGAUCUCCCGCAAUGCUGUCACCUCCCUCUCUAUAAGAGGACACCGCUGGAAGAGAAACGACGCAGUGGAUCUGGGUUCCCCGGACGAGUUGAUGGACAUAGCCGAGCUAGACGAAGGGGUCUGGCCGGGAGCGGCGGUGGUUCCCGACAUGAACCCUCCUGCCAUCACCAUCAGCAGCAGCACCACCACACUGAACCUGGGAGCUAAAGCGCUGAAGAUGGUUCGACUCAACGGGCGCAGCAGCAAGGACAAGGACAAGGAGUGCAACGCCCUGACAACGGGGCGGGCCGCCAGCGAGAACGCGGACCUGUCCAACAAGCGGCUGACGCUCACUUCCAGCCAGUCGGUGCCCAGGGCGGGCGCCCUCACAAGCCUGACUCGCACUGCCAGCGCCGUCUUCUCUCGUUCCUUCGAGGUCGUUACCAGCAGCAGCCCCACUCCCAACCACCCGACCUCCGAGGUGGGCUGCUUCUCCUGCAGCCUGCAGGAGGACAGUAUGGGGUACCUGAGCCCUACGGCGAGCCACACCACACGCUCCACUAGCAUUAGCGUUCACUUCAGCCCCGACCUUUGAACCCUUUAAGACUCUUUUACUCAAACGAACCCUCAUCUUUGAUCCUGUGAUCUUGUGACCCUGUACCUGUGAUCUGGAACUCCAAGCCAUGCCAACUGCAUUCGACCACAAAAGUGUGAAGAAAAACUCCCCACCUCCCAGCGUGUUUUCCUCCAUCACUUUGUUUUAGUCGUUUCUGACUCCGCGUGCCGUAAACCGGCUUGUUGUCUCGCUUCAGUCUGACAUUCAGAGCAGCUCGGCGAAUGAUGGAGGGAGGACAUCGGGUAUACCAUUUUCAGGUUUCUUGUUUUUAUUUUUGUUUUGUUAUUUUUGAGUUGAAGUCAAGGCAGGUCAUAAGUCUGCUCUCAUAAAUAAAUGCACUUAAAAUGAUCACUAAAAAAAACCUGUUUAAAAAGUUAUUAAACCUGCAUUUGUUGCCCAGUUUUCCACCCAUGCUCUUUGUGUCUGUGGGCAAGUGUACUAUAUGUGCGAGCAUGUGUGUGUGUAUGUUUUUUUUUUUUUUUGAAAACGGCUGCUGAUUGGUACAGUGAGUAAAGUGUGAUUAUCUUAGUCGAAAUAUGUGUUUCUACUACUUUUAUAUUACUAGUAAUUCCCUUCCCAUAGCAAUACAGAACACUUCUAUUCAGUAUUUUUAAAAUGUUUUUGGGCUGAUCACUCCGACCUCAUUGGACAGCAGUUUUAAACGUGCUUCUUCUCGAUUCUUCCUGAACCGCAUUGAAAAGAAAGCCACUGAAUAAUCAACCAGUCUGAAUAGAAUCAGCUCUUCUGUUUACAAUCACACAGUAUUCUCACCGUGACGGAGAAGCAAUACUUUCCUUCCUCUUUGCUCCUUUUAGGGCACCUUCUUUACAUGCCGCGUCAUAAAUGGCAACAUUUUGGAUCCGACUUCUUAAAAAUGACGAAGAUGAUUUGCAUCUUUGAGGGCGAUGAAUAUGAAUGAUUGAGUACUGAAUUUUGCACAAAGAAGAGCUAAUCGGUUGUAAUGAACUUUGGUAUUUUUCAUACGAACAAGAGUUUUUGACUCUGAAAUUGUAUUUUUUUCCCAAGGGGACAUGCUUUUUUUUUUUUUUUUUUUGCUCCUUUCAGACUCCUUCCCAACUUUUGUGUGAUGCAACAACCGCAUACGGCAGCAGGUUGGUUAGAUUCAACAAAGUUAUUUCUAAUUAUCCCUAAACUGUAAGUGUCCAAGCAAUAUGGGGGCACAUGUUCUAACCCAGCCAUGUCAGAUGUUUGUAGCACUAAGGUGACGUAAUUUCUGCCUCUCCUCUGGUUCGUUACUUCAUCCACAUGUCAAAAGACAUGUUAAUACCAAGAAGUGAAUAAAACUCCAACCAUCUGCUACAAAUGAUGUUCUAAAUGAAGCCGUCAUGCUGCUCCACCCUCGGUCUGUUUACUUUAGCUGUUAAGUGUCUACGGCUUGGUGGGACAAUACCAAUCAUGUUUCUUUGUAUGUGGGUUUACAGUAAAAUGGUUGAGCUAUCCUUGUACAUCAUACUGUUAUACUAAAGUUGGUUAUAUUUGCCUUUCUAUGUCUGAAAAUAACUCAUUGCUACAAGUUCUGGAAAUAAAGUGUUUCUAUAUUUCA